AUGGAAACAAAGACUGCCUUAGUAACGGGUUCCACAAGUGGCAUGGGCUUGGGCGUGGCCACCACUCUGGCACAGAAAGGUUACCAUGUGAUCAUGUGUGGAUCGAGGUCAAAGGAGGAUGCAUUUGAGACAAUUACCCAGGUCAAGAGUUCUGCACUCCAUACUGUCCACUAUGUGCAGGCUAACCUGAAGACAGAAGCCGGAUUGGUCAGUUUAUGUAAAGAGGUGGACAGUAUUUGUCCUGGAGGAGUCGAUAUUCUGGUAAACAAUGCAGGAAUGCAGCACGUCACUCCAGUAGAGGACUGCUCACUAGCGAAGUGGAAUGAGGUCGUAGCCAUCAACCUGACGGCGCCUUUUUAUCUCAUCAGCCAUUUUGUUCCUCGUAUGAAGCAAAAGGGUUGGGGCCGUCUCAUAAAUGUCUCGUCCAGGAUGGGAUUGGUAGCGUCGGCAAAUAAGUCCCCGUACUGUUCCACUAAACACGGACUGGUCGGCAUGACGAAGGCUGUCGCUUUGGAAACAGCCCCUCACGGCAUCACGUGUAACGCCAUCUGUCCGGGCUGGGUAGACACGCCUUUCGUACAGGCCCAGGUGCAAAACGUUGUAACGCAACACAAUGUUUCUGUAGAUGAAGCCAAGAAACGUCUGUUUUGUGAUUCACAACCAACCGGAAAACCAGUACAAGUUUCUCAAAUUGCCGAUCUCGUACUGUUUCUGUGUUCUCCCGGAGCGGACAGCAUGACUGGAACCUCACUAGUCAUGGAUGGAGGGACCAUUGCUAAGUAG